UCUAUAAAUAACUCUAUAGGUUUGAUCGUUGGAUACGAGGAAGUACGUUCUUCAACUUCUUGCACCUGGAUGUUCUAAACUAAACAUAGUGAAUUUCCCAAUUUACAGAGUAAAGAAAAGAAAUAAACCAAAUAUUGAUAGGACCAAUCUACAGCCUCAGAUGAUCAAGGACUUGGCGAAUGGAGACUGAUUGGGAAAAUCUAACGGAUCCAAUUCUGCUUGCAGUGUUCUCUUUUUUGGACAAACAUGAAUUGAACAGCAUUUGCAGAACGUGCAAGAACUGGUAUCGCAUAGCACAGGAUGAAAGCCUAUGGAAAAGAUUGAUUUUUAGAAACUUUGGUUGCCGGUACUCAAGACAUGAUGAAAGCUGGAAGUCGGAACUGAAGCGCCUGACUUACCACGUACCGAAACGUCUUCAUCAAACGUGCCUCGGUCACGUGGAUGAAAUUUAUUACGUCUGUUUCUCCAACAGCGGUAAGCUCAUUGCCACCUGUGGAGCAGACGGUAGCGUAAAGGUGUGGCAAUAUGGCAACAACACGGAACUUUUACAAUCCCGACAAGUCCUUGAUCGGCCAUCAUAUGCCAAUUACGUUGAAUUCAAUGAAGCUGAAACGCAAGUCCUUGUGAACUGUAUUGUGAGAGUAGACGAAGACAUGCAAGCCAUAUUGGCAGUUCUUUCCAUUGAAAAAGGUCUAGCAAUAGUAGCGGCAAGAAAUUCAUGGUUUCCUAACUUUAGAGGAACGUGGCUACACAAUGACACCUUUUUAAUUGCGGACGUACUAGCUUUUUUCUUUUCCAAUGACAAUGUAAAACUUGUCGCUUGUACGUUUUACGAUGAUCUGGAUGACUCUGUUCUUUUGGAGCGCCCUCUUGGUGAACAUCUGGCAGAUGACAAUGUGGAAUUAAGGCCGAUCGUAGAAAUGGAACGUGAUGAGUAUCGACCUCAUUUUGUGAAGGUCAUUGACUGGUCAAAAUGGAAUCAAGAUAAUUCAAUCGAACACGAUCCAAAUUCCUCUCUAAAUGAGAAGGUGAUUAUCAUAUUCCAACAGAGUUUGGAGUGGGACAUAGUGCAUAGAUUAGUAUUCUACAAACUAGACGUGGACUGUGAGGUUCCAAGUGUUGCAGAACCAAUGAAGAUAAUCGUUAUCAAUAGUGGUUGUAUGGGGGUUCAGCUCUCUGCAGAUCACAGAGACAUAGUGUACAACUUUAGGAGGAUUUAUGUUGCUGGUGACAACAGCUACUAUGAAAAAGAUGUCCACACAAUGGUGAUAAACUUGGCCAGUACCGGAGAGAAACCGGAAAUCUUUACAGAAAACAAAGCUUUGGAGGAGUCCACUCUGUUUUACUUAUUUCCUAGUAUAUCUUCCGAUUUCAUAGCAAGCGGUUCAGAGCAAGACGUUGCUUUUCUUUGGGAUCGUCACUCAAAACUGGUCAUCGCUCAAUUACCUCACAAACUUUCUGAUCCGAACGCACAAAAUGGCGUGAGUGGUGUUGCCUUUCACCCACAUGACCAGGAGGUCUUAGUCAGUGUAGCAGACGACUGCAAAGUUAGGAUAUGGAUGUCUGCAAAUAGGGAAAAUCACUUGCAAUAGAAUUUUUAUUUCAUAAUACUCUUAUCACUUAUUGUUCCAAUUUUUCUAUGAUUAAAUAUGUAGCUAUGUCAGUAAAACAACUUAUAAAAA